AUGGAUGACGCCUCAUACUGGAUGUUGCUCAUUUUCAAACCUCGACAAAAUGCUUUCAGGCUCUGGUUCGGUUGCAGACGGGGAGUCCGGGUAGAAAUAGAGAGGAACGAUGAGGAUGAUGAUCGUGAUGAUGAUGAUGAUGAUGAGGGGACGAUGGUGGAGGUGGCGAUGGUGGCGAUGGGUGGGUGGGUGGAAGGUUGGUUGGUUGGCUGA